AUGGCCCCACCAAACCCAGACUUAACCCUCUAUCUCGUCACCGACUCUUCGCUCCUCCCACCGGGAACAACUCUCCCCGAGCAUGUCCGUGCCUCCAUCAACGGUGGUGUGACAAUCGUACAACUGCGCGAGAAGAAACUCUCGACAGCCGCAUUCAUUUCGCUGGGGAAACAAGUCCACGCCAUCACGAAGGAGCUCGGUGUGCCGCUUCUCAUCAACGACCGUGUCGAUGUUUCACUUGCAGUGGGGUGUGAGGGUGUCCAUGUCGGCUGGGACGAUAUGGAUUGUCAAACAGCCCGAAAGAUACUCGGACCCGACGCAAUUAUCGGACUUUCGGUCUCGAACAAAGAACAGCUUGCAAAGGCCCUCGAAGCAGGUCCAACAUACCUAGGUGUCGGCCCCGUUUACGCAACCCCCACCAAGCCAGACCACAACACGCCCCUCGGCCUUGAUGGAUUACAGCAACUGCUUCAACACAUACCAGCAAACCUCCCAUGUUGUGCUAUUGGCGGUAUUAACGCCCAGAAUGCAGGUACCGUCAUGAACGCCUCUAGAUCCAAAACCUCUCCCGCAAGCUCGCUCAAUGGUCUGGCUAUUGUGUCUGCGAUUAUGGCGUCCCCAGAGCCCGCAAAAACAUGCAAGAGUCUUAAGUCUCUCAUCGUCCCAUCAAUAUUAUAUAAAAAUCCCCAAAAGGUUAAUCUUACAUCAUAUCUUCUACAAAUGCUUCGAAAUUUUCGCGAAAACGGCCCCCCUCUCAUUCACCACAUCACCAACAAUGUCUCAAAGACGUUGCACGCAAAUGUCACCCUUGCCAUCGGUGCCUCUCCAAUCAUGUCUGAGAACGAGUCUGAAUUCCAGGAUCUUGCUCGACUCGGGAACAGCGUCUCACUUGUUCUUAAUAUGGGCACCUUCCUCGGCGAAGAGGCUACAAAAGAUCUUUUCAUAAACGCGAUAAAAGCCCACAAUUGUGGGAAUUAUAUUGUCUUCGAUCCUGUUGGUGCCGGUGCUACAGAAUCACGAAGGAACUUUGCGAGGACUAUAAAGGAAGCUGGUGCUACCCUUGGUAACUCAAUGAUCAUCAAGGGGAAUGAGGGAGAAAUUCUCACUCUCGCCGGUGAAAAUGUUUCUAUGCGGGGUGUUGAUGGUGCUGGUGCUAAUAGCGGAAGGGAGAGGGAGAGAGAAUUGGCAGCUAUUGUUUCAAAGCUUGCAAAGGACUGCAGAGGCAGUACUAUCGUGAUGACCGGACCAACAGAUAUCAUAUCUGAUGGAGUGAAGACCUUUCUCCUACGGAAUGGAGACCCUAUUCAGACCAUGGUCACCGGCAUCGGCUGCUUGCCACCGUUGCUGCAGUCUCGUUCUUCAACCUUUCCGCUGAGCUUGCAGCAAAUACUGAACCGAGACCUGCAGGCCCUGCUUCGUGGGCGAUCAGCGAGAAAUGUGAAGAUUCCGGAACAAGACUGGAAUUUCCAUCGCCGUAGUGGUUAG